GGUUGUGUAUUUCCAAAUCCCGCCCAAUUGGAUAUCUUUAUCCUUGUUUUUUCAAAAUUUGUGCUCGUUUGUUGUCUGUUGUGACUUUAACGUUGGUGUUUCUUUCUAGAGUCUUGUUCGGAACACUCACCAAACCACGCUCCUCUUCAAAUUCAUAUAUACCCAGACAAACCCUAGAACAACAAACAAUACAAAACAAAUCCUCUUUUCCCAAAUCUUCCAUCCCAUCCUCAAUGGCCAACUCAGAUUCAUCUCUUCCUCUAUCCACCAAGAAGGAGAAUGUCACUCCCGUUACGUCUAAAAUCGCGGAACUUAAUGAAUCGAGAUCGGAGCUUCUCGGAAGAAUUCAGAGUUUGAAACAGGAUUUGCAAAGUUGGAGGUUUAAAUUAGAUACACAAGUCAAGGUCUAUCGCGAUGCAAUAAGAACUUUGUCGAACUCUCUUUUAUUAAUUGCUGGUUGGAUGUACUUCAGCUUCACUCUUAAUUUUAUAUGUAAUUCUAAUAAGCUUUUCAUUUCAUGCAGGAGCUGGUCAGAAAACUUAAGAAAAACCACUAAAGUUGGGAGAGGAGACCAAAUUCGAGUAGAAUUUCAAGAUUUGAGGGCUACCCUUCAGCAGCAACAAGAGGAUGUUACUGCUAGCUUAAGAAACUUGGGGGUAAGAGGCCUCAGAGUCAAGCAUGCUCCAGCACAGGACAAGAUUGAAGAAGUUGACAAAGAAGAACAUGAGGUGGUAAGCAGAGAAGAUAAUAACAUUGAGUAGCUGAAAUUAAAACGGCCUUUAAUUUGGAGUAUUAGUGUUACACCCUGGAUAAGCAGAAUGACUCUGCAGUAUUGUUAGAUAUUUGAUGUGUUUCAUUACUACUAUUGGUUGUAAUAUAGAACUUUAAAUCAAUGGUAAAUUUCCCGUUACCCCUCCUAA